CACGUGAUGAGUUUUCACUGGACUAUAGACUUAAAGGCCGAACAUAAUUAUCUCUAGUGUAAUUUAAGGCAGAAUGAUCACAACUAGGAGAAAAAUUUGCGUACGUAAGACAUACGCAGCACUGCGUACGUCCGUAAGUUACAGAGAGGGUAUUGGGGGGUUAUAUUCGCGUUAUACCCUCCGUAAUCUCCCUGUAACCUACCUGUAACUUAACUGUAAUCUAAUAAGUCCCGCGCUUCUGUUUUCAUAUAUCAGGUAGAUUACAGAGAGAUUAUAUGAGUAUAACACGGAUAUAACCCCUCAAUACCUUUUCUGUAAACCGCCUCCGUGUCCUUCCAAGAAGGUCCUCACAAUCAGUCUUUUAAUCAAAUCUAUGGUAAUCUUCCUUCGCGAAUAAAUAAACCCUAAUCCCCAUCCAAAUUCCUUCCCCCCGCCUUAGCUGUUCCUGCCGUUCUCGGAUCCGGAGAGCCUAAUUUUUUUAUCUCCAUCUCCAAUUCUUCACCAUCUUCACCUCCCAUUAUUUAAUCCGUAAAGUUAAAAACCUAAAUCGAAUCUCACCAUUCUUAAAUUCCUAAAGCUGGCUGAGUAACAGUGAUGCUCCACUCUUCCAUCUUCUUUACUCCAUCUUCGCCGUCUCGAUUACACCGAACCCCAUUUCCAAAGCAAGCGAGCAAAGCGAGAAAGAAACAUGCUCCCUAGUAGAGCUGUCGAUGGAGCAGCCUUGCCGCCUAAAUCCAGACCCCUGCUCUUCCCCUUCUGUGUCCGACUGCUCCUCUGCUCUUCUCUUCUUCUGCUCGUUCUGUCAAGCAGAGCGGCGGAGGCCAUUAAUGCGGAGGCUGAAGCUCUGAUCGCCUGGAAGAUUACCCUCAAUGGCACCUCCGCGGCAUCCGCUCUAUCAAAUUGGAAUGAGCUCGAUGAGAACCCGUGCGGAUGGUUUGGAGUUUCAUGCGGAAUUGAUGGUCGCGUCGUGGGGAUUAAUCUGCAGUAUGUUGAUCUGUGCGGUAGGGUGCCGGGCAAUCUUGCAGCAGUAGCUCCGACAUUAACUACGCUAGUACUAUCUGGUACUAACCUUACUGGACCAAUCCCGCCGGAGCUAGGAGAGCUUUCGCAGCUCAGCCACCUCGAUCUCAGCGAAAACGCCCUUUUCGGUGAGAUCCCCGUGUCUCUAUUUCGCCCCGGGAGCAAAAUCCAGGAGCUCAUCCUCAACUCUAAUGGACUUGAGGGUUCAAUCCCGGAUGCCAUCGGUAAUCUCACUUAUCUCCGAUUACUCAUUCUCUAUGACAACCAGCUAGCCGGAACGAUUCCAGCGAGCAUUGGGCUGCUGGGUAAGAUGGAGGUCUUCCGAGCCGGAGGUAAUAAGAAUCUCAUCGGCGCAUUGCCAGAAGAAAUCGGAAACUGUAGUAGCCUCACUAUGAUUGGUCUCGCCGAGACGGGCAUCACCGGCUCCUUGCCGGCGGGUCUCGGCUUCCUCCAGAGAUUACAUACACUUGCGGUUUACACUGCGCUGCUCUCCGGUCCAAUACCACCGGAACUCGGGCAAUGCGGCGAGCUUCAGAACAUUUAUCUUUAUGAGAAUUCGAUCACCGGCUCCGUUCCACUGGCCCUUGGUCGACUCAAGAAACUAAGGAAUCUUCUGCUAUGGCAGAAUAAUCUUGUUGGGAUGAUUCCGCCGGAGCUUGGUUUGUGUUUGGAGCUCGAAGUUGUAGACCUUUCUAUAAAUAGACUCACCGGAGGGAUUCCUCACGCGUUCAGCAAUCUUACCAGCCUUCAGGAACUAAAGCUAAGCGUGAACCAGAUCUCCGGCUCCAUUCCUCCGACGAUUUCCAAUUGCAGGAAUCUAACAGAACUAGAGCUGGAUAACAAUCAGAUCACCGGAGCCAUCCCGCCGGAAAUCAGCCGAUUAUACAAUCUCCGAACGCUGUACGUAUGGCAGAACAGGCUCGAAGGCGGGAUCCCGCAGGAGCUUGCCGGAUGGAAUCUUGAAGCGGUAGACCUCUCUCAGAACGCUCUAACCGGUCCAAUCCCGAAAGAAAUCUUCUCGCUGCCAAUGCUCGGCAAGCUACUUCUACUCCACAAUGACCUCUCCGGCGAGAUAGCGGCGGAGAUUGGCAAGUGCAAGUCGUUGAUCCGGUUCCGUGCCAAUGGGAACAGGAUCACCGGAAACAUCCCGGCUGAGAUUGGUGCGUUGAGGAAACUCAGUUUUCUCGAUCUGGGCUCAAACCGGCUUUCCGGGCCGAUCCCUGUGGAGAUCUCUGGAUGCCGAAAUCUCACGUUCCUCGACCUCCAUGACAACGCCAUUGCCGGCACCCUUCCCUAUCUUCUUUUUGAGGGCCUUGCUCUGCUCCAGUUCCUCGACAUCUCCAACAAUCUCAUAAGCGGCGAACUUCCCCCUGAUCUCGGCUUGCUCGCCUCCAUGACGAAGCUAAUCCUCGCUGGAAACCGAUUCACCGGCCAUAUCCCAACGGAGAUCGGAUCCUGCUCGCGUCUCCAAUGGCUAGAUCUCAGCAGGAACGCGCUGUCAGGGGAGAUACCAGCAAGUCUUGGAAAGAUCCCAGCGCUGGAGAUCGCGCUGAAUCUAAGCUGGAAUAGCCUCUCCGGAGAGAUUCCGUAUGACUUCGCUGAACUCAAUCGGCUCGCCAUUCUGGACCUCUCUCACAAUCGUUUCUACGGCGAUCUACACCCUCUCUCCGUCCUCCAGAACCUCGUCACCCUCGACAUCUCCUUCAACAACUUCUCUGGCCGUGUCCCGAACUCCUCCUUUUUCUCCAAGCUCCCCACAGCCAAACUCGCCGGCAACCCCGAUCUCUGUCUCGCCGGCUGCAUCGCCGAUACCGCAAAUUCAAAACACUCGACAUCCCGCCGGGCCGCGCACAUUGCCACGGCUGCUUUACUCUCCGCUACUGUAGUUCUUCUCGGCACGGCGAUCCUCAUCUUCCUCAGCCGCCGGCGAGUCUCCGGAAUCACAACCACCGUCGAUGAAGAGAAAGACGGGGAGCUAGCCCCUCCAUGGGAAGUAACGUUGUACCAAAAGCUAGAUAUCAUCGUCGCCGACAUUACAAGAAGCCUUAAGCCGGCGAACUCCGUCGGGAAGGGGCGUUCCGGCGUCGUCUACUCUGUCAAAAUUCCGCCCGCCGGAACACUAAUCGCCGUGAAGAAGUUCCGUACCUGCAACGAUGCGGCCGCGGCCGCAUCUGCUGGAAGCGAGAUAGCCGCACUGGCGAGGGUCCGACAUCGAAACAUCGUUCGAUUGCUGGGGUGGGCGGCGAAUCAGAGAACGAGACUUCUGUUCUACGACUUCCACCCGAAUGGGACACUAGGCGAGUUCCUCCAUGGCUGUGCUUUAAAUGGGGGAGGAACGGCGGUGAUGGAGUGGGAGGUGAGGCUUGGUAUUGCGAUUGGGGUGGCGGAGGGUUUGGCUUAUCUGCACCACGACUGUGUUCCGGCGAUCAUUCACCGUGACGUGAAGGCCGAUAAUGUUCUCCUUGGAGAUACGUACGAGGCUUGCCUAGCUGAUUUUGGGAUAGCUUGUGUCGCCGGCGAUGCGACUGGUGUUGGAGCAGGAGCGGUGCCGCCGCCGUUCGCCGGAUCUUACGGCUACAUUGCACCUGAGUACGGUUGCAUGAUGCGGAUAACGAAAAAAUGCGACGUGUUCAGCUUCGGCGUUCUGUUGCUGGAGAUCAUAACCCAGCGAGCGGGUCCGCCUAGCGGCGGGCGCCCCCCCGACGGCAGCUUCGGCGAGGGGCAGACCGUCGCCGGUUGGGUCCGCGACCGCCUCCGAAGCAAGCGGGACCCACUCGAAGUGCUUGACCCGAGACUCCGGGGUCGGCCCGACACCCAGGUCCAAGAAAUGCUCCAAGCUCUAGGCAUAGCCCUCCUCUGUGCCAGCCACCGCCCGGACGAUCGGCCUUCCAUGAAAGAUGUCGCCGUCCUCCUCCGUGAGAUUCGCCACGACGACUCCGCCUGCGCCUUCAAGUCCUCCGCCGCCUCCGCGGCUGUUUCCAAUGGUGUCAGCAAACGGUCUCCGACUGUAAGCAUUGGCGUUGCAGACAGAUCGCCAUCGUUGCAAUGCUCCAUCACCUACUCGUGUGAUGGGUUCAGAUGAAGCUAUGGAGCAGAAAUGGGGUCAUUUUCUUCAUACAAAUCUGGAUCUAACAGAGCGGAAGGGGAAGACAGCUACCAAAGGAGUGAAUCAGGUUAGCUCAUUCAGUACGUAUAUGUAGAUAAAGAGCAAAUGCCUGAUUGAGUUUCAAAUUAGCUUUUGUUUGGAGCUGCCCCUCAAGUUCUUAAAAUUUACAUGAAAUGGCACCCACAUCCUUUCCAAAUUAUCAGAUUUGCAAUUCAGGCAGGUGCACGGUGAAAGAGAGGAGGGACUCAGUUCAACCUGAAAGUAUUGAAGUAAUAUUAAUAUAAUUUAAAUAGGAUGAUUUACAUGCAUGCCACUCAAUUCCUACGAUUUUAUAUAUCUUCAAUUCGUACAUAAAUACCAUCUAACAUGUGCAUAUACCCAUCAAUCAAUACCUCUAACAAACUAGGAAGAAAUAUGAGAACCACAACACUAAGCCAACUCAUCCUCUCUCAUUAUUCCACAAAGACCAGACC